AUGGAAAAGAUUGAAAACCUAAAUAGUAGUCCAACAAACUUUUGGCACGGACAAUAUGUGAUGUUUGGAUCCAUCGUGUUCUUCCAAAUAGUGAAUAUAGUUGUUCAAAAAAUCGGUAAACCAAAAUCUGUGAGAGAAGACAGUUGGCGAUGGACGAACUUAGUUGUAUCCUGGGUUCAUGCAAUGAUUAUAAGUAUAUGGGAUAUUGUUUGUUUUAUUUUAUAUCCUGAGUUGAUGAAUGAUCUAUUAUAUUAUAAAAAUAACUUUAUAUAUUUCAUGGUGGCUGCAACUACAGGGUAUUUUGUUUAUGAUUUUAUUGAUAUGAUAAUCAAUAAUAAAAUAUUUAAAUUAUGGGAAAUAACGUUACAUCAUAUAGCUGUUAUUUCAAUGUUUGGUUUAAAUGUUUAUGAAGGAUCAUACUUAGCCUUUACUUGUGUGGCCUUACUAGCAGAACUCAAUUCCUUUUUCCUUCAUUCAAGAAAACUCUUGCAGAUGAUGCAGUUUCAAUAUGAUAUUGAUUUUAGAAAGACAAUUUGUUUAUUUUUAUCUAUUUUAUUUUUAAAGUUGAAUAACGCAAAGGAAGCGUACUCCUCAGAAUAG